AGCCCUAGCCGCAACCCCAACCCCAUGGAGGUCGAGAUCAAGCUCCGUCUCCCCGACGCGGCUGCACACCGGCGCCUCUCCUCCUUCCUCGCGCCCCGCCUGCUCCGCACCGACGCCCCAGCGCGGCCCCUCGCCGCCGCCACCGCCGCCCAGCGGGACGUCCGCCUCUACGGCACCGACGACCGCGACCCCUCCUGCGCCGUCCUCAUGCUCAAGCACCGCCCGCGCAUCGACGCCGGCGUCAGCCGCGUUGAGGAGGUCGUGGAGCCCCUCGACCCCGCCCUCGCCCUCACCUGCGUCGACAACCCCGCCCGUCUCGGCGCGGUCGACUCCCCCAUCGUCCGGCUCGUCUCCGACGAGUACGGCGUCGGCGGGGACAAAGCGCCGUUCGUCUGCCUCGGCGGCUUCCGGAACACCCGCGGUGUGUAUGAGCUCGAGGAGGGCGAGGGGCAGGGGCUCGUGCUAGAGCUCGACGAGACACACUUCGAUUUCGGCACAAACUACGAGCUGGAGUGCGAGACCGCGGAGCCCGACCAGGCCAAGGAGGUCCUGGAGCGGCUGCUCACCGUGGCUGGGGUGCCGUAUGAGUACUCCCGGAGCAAUAAGUUCGCGUGCUUCAUGGCCGGGAAGCUGCUUCCGUGACUAGGUUUGUGGUUGGUCUUUACCGUGUCCCAAAUGAUGAUUAAACCGUGGUUGCUAUAAAA